GCAGUGUACUUCCUGCUCGGAAACCUCUACCCAUGGAACAGAUCACGCAUUCACGCAAUUCAACUUGUGCUUCUAUGUAAAGAGUCCGACUUUGAGUUUUUCGGGCAAGAAAAGGUAUUUGCACCACUGCUGGAGGACAUCCGGAGGCUUGAAAACGGAAGCUGUCAGCUGAGAGACGGCAAGAACCUGUAUGGAGCUGUUGUGGCGAUCCUUGGUGACAAUCUGGGAAGCCACACAAUAGGUGGCUUUGUUGAGAACUUUAGCAAAGCAAAGCACAUGUGUCGGUUUUGUUUAACAGAGAAAAAAGAUGUUUGUUGAGUCCAAUCUGACUGGCACUUUCGAGCUGAGAAAAAAGUCCAACUAUGACAGGUCUCUAACAAUUUUGAGUCAAGAUGACACGCUCAUUGUUCACGAAGGAGUGAAAUUUGACUCAUUGUUUAAUCGCUUGAGGUACUUCCAUGUGUGUGCACCGGGCCUGCCACCUUGUCUAGGUCACGAUUUGUUUGAGGGUGUUGUGUCUUAUGAUAUUGCAUUGUAUGUACAAUACUUUGUCCACAAGUGCAGGUGGUUCACACUGGAAGAGUUAAACAGAAGCAUCUCCUUAUUUAAUUUCAAACAAGGAGAUGCAAAUGAUCGCCCCUCGGAAGUGAAUUUAAAGCAGAAGCUGAGCGGGCAUGCAGUUCAGAACUGGAACAUGCUAAGGUUCCUGCCUGUGUUUGUUUUCGGCAAAGUACUAGAUCUCGAUGAUCCUGUGUGGCAGCAGGUGUUGAUGCUCUCAGAGAUCGUCCAGCUGAUCUGCACUCCAGCCAUCACGCUUCCAAUGAUAAUGCGGCUGAAGGACCUGAUUGAGGAUUAUCUUCUAGGGAGACUAGAGCUGUUUCCAUUUUGUUCUCUACGACCUAAGCACCACUUUCUUGCGCACUAUCCUUACCUCAUCACGCAGUUUGGCCCAUUAAUAAGAGUUUGGACUAUGCGCUGUGAAAGCAAGCACGGUUACUUCAGAAAAUGCGCGAGAAAUUGUCAAAACUUCAAAAAUAUCACAUCCACCCUAGCUGAACGACACCAGCUUCUCCAAGCAUACAAGGCAUCUGGUUGCCUCUUUCCAACUGCCUAUCCUUUGACAUCUGCAUCAAGACUUCAGUUGAGUCUAUACAGUGAUGACAUUCAAAAGGUCAUAAAGGAUUUUUUUUGGAUCUGAUGAUGAUAUCUACUACGCCUAUAAUGCCGAGUACCGAGGACUUGCGUACAGGAGGGACAUGAUUCUGGUCUUAUCACGAGAAGAUGAUCGGCUGGUGUUUGGUCAGAUAAUUCUAAUUCUGGCAAAAGGCCCUGCGAUGUGCUUCCUUGUACGAGUCACCCGGUCGUCCUUGGAACCUUCAAUGCCGUUGUAUAACCUCUAUGAUUGUGAAUCUGGAAGUUUGAAAUGUGUUACUCCAAGCAGCAUAAUUGACUAUGUUCCUCUUGAAGCAUACCGGCUGGGCCAAGCACAGCGCCCCAUUGUGGUGCUGAAGCAUGCAGUUUUGGAUUUGAUUUAAUGAUUUCCUUACAUUGUCUCUCUUAGAUGGAGCUUUCAUCGCUUAUUGCCAGCUGGCUGCCAAGCCUCCCAUCAGAAGAUGUGGAAACUGUUGUUUCCAAGCUAGAAGAGUGCGGUGUAACAACCAUGGAGCAUCUAAAGUACAUUGAGGAGAGCGACCUGGACUUCCUAAACCCAGUGAAUAGAAGGAUCCUUUUGGAAAGGUUUCGCGAAGUCAGUGUGACAACCAAGGCACCCAUACCUGCUGCACAACCUACAGCGAGUGUUCCUCUUCCAAGCACCUCACGUUUCGAGAAUUGGAGCGAAGACUUCUCCAUUCCAUGGGAUUCGUUUCCACAGAGGCUUCUGGAAGCAUGCUACAAGAAUGCAAGGCCAACAAAGUCUGACCUGAACCAAAUGGUGAGGCAAUUGAGUAACAGAAUUAUCCAGGAGAGCUUCUCGCCGGGCAGGCGCCACCUGAGGGUAAUUGCUUCAAAGAUUGUAGCUAAGUAUCCGUUGUCAUUUCAAGACAUGCUGCAAGGCACAGUUAUUGGACAAGGCGUUGAAACUUUGCUCUGGAAACUAGAGAAUUGUGUAAAUAACAAGAAGAGGCCCCUAGCGCAACCUCUUCCAGAAGAGAGCACAUCCGACCCUGAUGCGUUUCAUCAGCCCGCAAAGACAGACCGUCGGGACUCCUACGGAUGCGUGGCCUGGAAGCCUGAGCUGCCUCCAGGAGAGACAGCCUACACUCAGGAUGAAAAGAGAGAACGUCUGGUAACAGAAUAUCGCAGGGUAUCUCGGGAUGAUAGACUAGUCACAAAACUCAUGAGUGAGACUUACGCAACCCAGAGGCUACUGAUCAACAGCUCCAAGGGGGUAGGCAAGGUGAAAGAGGACUGGCCAUUCCUGUUUGAGGAGCACCAUUUUCUCAAUCAUGCAGAGCUACUGCUCGGAUUCAACGUCAGCGAAGUCUUUGAUGAUAACAUGAAAAAAAUUGGAGUACAACUGUACAGGUACGCCUACAGUCAACUGAAGAACGAGGCUGUGAAGAAGUGCCUUAAGGACAUUGAGGAUGCUAAAAAAACUCUAAAAAAUGUGACCCCCGAAUAUGACAGCACUCCGCUCCUGCUGCUGGCAAUCUUCGGUGAAGACAUUGAAUUGAUCUUCAAAAAUGUUGAGGAGAAUGCCACUGACUCGGAUCUGGGUGAUAUGGACCCAAGCCCGAUCAUAUGUGUUAAAGGAGCCAACAACUACACAGCAAGCGAGUUCACAAUUUGUGUUGACACAGUGCCGGUGAUGACCACAAGCAACAGGGCAGGCUCAUUCAAGUUGAUGUUCCUGCUCUAUUUUGUGUUGAACAUUUCGUUCCCAGAAGAAGUGGGCCUUACACUUGAAUUUAUUCAAAGGGGUAUUGCAAGCAUCAACCCACCGAGGGGCACCAAGAUUCUCAAAAAGAAGAAGAAGCAACACUGUGUGUCACCCGCGGUUGCCAAGCUGAUGGCUUCCCUGGAGGAAUAUGCCUUUUAAGCUGAAACAGUCUUAAAGCCUUCCUGAUUUAAAUAAAAGUGGCCGCCAAGUCAAGCAAACUAAUGGCACUAUCAAGAUUUCCCUGGUGCAAGUUCUCUUCAAUAUUUUUGUCCAUAAAAAGAAUACCAGGUAUAUACUCAGGAAGUGUAUCGUUAAGAGCCCAAGAGGGCAGAGUUAAGAGUCGAAGUAGGUAUGUUCAAUAAAUUCCAUUUAGUCUGAGCCCCAAGCGGGCCAAAGUUAAGAAAUAAAACUGCAGUUUCUAAUAGUCUGUUGAAGACAAGCCAUCUGUUCAGAGCCAAAGCGUGGCGAAUGCAAGAAAUAAAGUGGUUAUUUACAAAUAU